ACGCGAGAUUACGUUUCAGGAAGUUCCACGUCAGUGUCCCUGUUCACUGGAAUCGCAACAUUAAGAGACCGACCGCGACAUUUAUUUGAUUUUAUAGCGACAACACGGGGAAAUAAUAUGCCUCUGAGGCUGGACAUUAAGCGGCGGCUGACAGCCAGGUCAGACCGGGUGAAGAGUGUGGACCUCCACCCCACUGAGCCAUGGAUGCUGGCCAGUCUCUACAACGGCAGCGUCUGUGUGUGGAACCACGAAUCACAGACUCUCGUGAAGACUUUCGAAGUGUGUGACCUUCCUGUCAGAGCUUCUAAGUUUGUGGCAAGGAAGAACUGGGUCAUCACAGGAGCGGAUGACAUGCAGAUCCGUGUGUUCAACUACAACACCUUGGAGCGGGUCCACAUGUUUGAGGCCCACUCUGACUACAUCCGUUGCAUCGCGGUCCAUCCGGCCCAGCCAUACAUCCUUACCAGCAGUGAUGACAUGUUGAUCAAGCUGUGGGACUGGGAGAAGAAGUGGUCCUGCAGUCAGGUGUUUGAGGGCCACACUCACUACGUCAUGCAGAUUGUUAUUAACCCCAAGGAUAAUAAUCAGUUUGCCAGUGCCUCCCUGGACAGGACGAUUAAGGUUUGGCAGCUUGGUUCUUCAUCUCCAAAUUUCACUUUGGAGGGCCAUGAGAAAGGAGUCAAUUGUAUUGAUUACUACAGUGGAGGAGACAAGCCCUACCUCAUCUCAGGGGCUGAUGAUCGCCAAGUCAAGAUCUGGGACUACCAGAACAAGACCUGUGUUCAAACUCUGGAGGGCCACGCCCAGAAUGUCUCCUGUGUCAGCUUCCACCCUGAGCUGCCCAUUAUCAUCACUGGAUCAGAGGAUGGUACGGUGCGUAUCUGGCACUCGAGCACUUACCGUCUGGAGAGUACACUGAACUAUGGCAUGGAGAGAGUGUGGUGUGUAAGUGGCCUCAGGGGCUCCAACAACGUGGCGCUGGGCUACGACGAAGGCAGCAUCAUUAUUAAGGUGGGUCGUGAGGAGCCAGCCAUGUCUAUGGACACAAAUGGCAAAAUCAUCUGGGCCAAACACAGUGAAGUACAGCAGGCAAAUCUGAAGGCCAUGGGUGAUGCUGAAAUCAAGGACGGAGAGAGGCUGCCACUAGCUGUCAAAGACAUGGGCAGUUGUGAGAUUUACCCUCAAACCAUCCAGCAUAACCCUAAUGGAAGGUUCGUUGUGGUUUGCGGAGAUGGAGAGUACAUCAUUUACACUGCCAUGGCUUUGAGGAACAAGAGCUUCGGUUCAGCUCAGGAGUUUGCCUGGGCUCACGACUCCUCUGAGUAUGCCAUCAGAGAAAGCAACAGUGUCGUCAAACUCUUCAAAAAUUUCAAGGAGAAAAAAUCGUUCAAGCCUGACUUUGGAGCGGAAGGUAUCUAUGGAGGCUUCUUGCUUGGGGUGAGGUCAGUGAAUGGCCUGGCCUUUUACGACUGGGAGAACACGGAGCUGGUCCGCCGCAUUGAGAUCCAGCCUAAACACAUCUUCUGGUCAGACUCUGGUGAGCUGGUUUGUAUUGCUACAGAGGAGUCCUUCUUCAUCCUGCGUUAUCUGGCUGAUAAAGUAGCUUCCUCUCAUGAGAACAAUGAAGGAGUGACUGAGGAUGGUAUUGAAGAUGCCUUUGAGGUCCAAGGAGAGAUCCAGGAGAUUGUGAAGACUGGUCUCUGGGUCGGAGACUGCUUCAUCUACACCAGCUCUGUGAACAGACUAAACUACUAUGUUGGAGGAGAGAUUGUCACGAUUGCUCAUCUAGACAGAACCAUGUACUUACUGGGUUACAUACCCAAAGAUGAUCGUCUGUACCUCGGAGACAAGGAGCUCAACAUUGUCAGUUACUCCCUGCUGGUUUCCGUUCUGGAGUACCAGACUGCUGUAAUGAGGAGGGACUUUGGGAUGGCUGACAAGGUGUUGCCCACAAUUCAAAAAGAGCAGCGGACCAGGGUGGCCCAUUUCCUGGAGAAACAGGGUUUCAAGCAGCAGGCACUGGCUGUGUCCACAGACCCAGAGCACAGGUUUGAGCUGGCCUUGCAGCUGGGAGAGUUGAAAAUUGCUUAUCAGCUGGCUGUGGAGGCAGAGUCGGAGCAGAAAUGGAAGCAACUAGCAGAGCUUGCUAUCAGCAAGUGUCAAUUCAGCCUGGCCCAGGAGUGUCUGCACCACGCCCAGGAUUACGGUGGCCUGCUCCUCCUUGCCACAGCCUCUGGUAACGCCACAAUGGUGGGCAAGCUGGCUGAGGGGGCAGAGAGGGACGGGAAGAACAACGUGGCCUUCAUGACCUACUUCUUGCAGGGGAAACUGGAUCAGUGUUUGGAGCUUCUGAUAAAGACCAACCGACUACCUGAGGCUGCCUUCCUGGCUCGCACCUACCUGCCCAGUGAGGUGUCCCGUGUGGUGAAAUUGUGGAGGGAGAACCUGGCGAAGGUCAACCAGAAGGCGGCUGAAUCAUUGGCAGACCCUACAGAGUAUGAGAAUCUGUUCCCCGGAUUGAAAGAAGCCUUUGCAGCCGAGUAUUAUCUGAGAGAGACAUGCUUGGGCACCUCCAGGCCUGCAACGGACUAUCCUCUUGUCACACCCAAUGAAGACAGGAACAUUCUUGAGGAGGCUGUAGGAUACGAGCCAAAAGGAACCUUCAUUCCUACAAAGACACAGGAUCCUAAGAAGAAGAAGAAGGAGGAUGAGGAAGACGAAGAGGAAGAGGAGAAAUUACUAUCCUCAAUGGCAGAAUUUUCUGUUGCUGCAGCAGCAGCAGCUCCUGAGGUUGCUCUUCAACCUGAGUCUGCUGAUCCCACAGCAGUUGAGGAACAGGAGGAGGAAAUUCCUGAAUUUUCACUCAAAGACAAGAUUCUGGAUGAGCUGGAAGUGGACCUUGACAACAUGGAGCUGGAUGACAUUGACACCACAGACGUUAACCUAGAUGAUGACUUCCUAGAAGAUUAAGACCUGCUACCACUCUGCUCCUCAGCACACUUGAGAGUUUAUUUAAAAAAAAAGAAAGAGACCAAACCCCCUCUCCCCACUUUUUUGUAUUUGUAUGUAAUAUUAUUAUACUGAAGAGACAGGAUUUCAGUAGAUGAUGACAACGAUGAUGAUGAUAAUGAUGAAGAUAUCAGUCAGACUUUAUUCUCGGAUGAAAAGUAGACAGAUCAUAAUGUCUAUUUCUGGAACACCAUUUUCUACCCCAUUCAUUGAUUGUUCCAGAAACUUUCACUGACUAUUCAUUGAGUGAUAUGUUAUAUUUACUCCUCGCCUUUGUGUUGUCUGUAUUGGCAAAUCAAACUACAUUCAGUACAAUAAACUGCAGAUUCUGUACAUAUUGA